GAGAUGGUGGCUUAGAAAUGGACAUACUAGAGGACCUUGAAUCCCUGCAGUUUGAGUAUGGGAUUCAAAAGGAAGAUCGCAGCUGGCUGUAUUUGCAGGGCCGUUCUCGAGGGCUGAUGAUCAAGUCCUGUGCCCAUGCAACCUUCUUCUGCAAGCUACUGUGUAAUUUGAGAGAAUCGUUCCACGAGGAGCAAACUUCCAGCCGUCUCUCGACUGGCGUGGUUGCUGGCGUUCCCAAUGAUGAUGAGCUAAAGGUAGGCAUCAUCGGAGGCGGCCACCUCGGGAAGCAGCUGGCUCGUGUACUGCUUCAGCUUGUCCCCAUCCCUGCUGAGAACCUGAGGAUCUCUACUCGGAGGCCAGAGGCCCUGGGUGAGUUCCAGAACCUGGGAAUCCAGUGUUUUUACCAUAACCCUCAUCUGGUGGACUGGGCCAACGUGAUAUUCCUCUGCUGCCUGCCAUCUCAGCUGCCUAAUAUCUGCCUGGAAAUCCAAACCCGCCUCGAAAAAGACUGCAUCGUGUACAGCUUCAUAGCUGCCAUCCCAAUAGCCAGGUUGAAACUCCUACUGAACCACACCAAUAUCUUGCGGCCUCAGUAUCAGUGUGUUGAAGAAUGGGUCAACAUCUGGGGGGCCAAUAAGGACAUCACAGCAGCCCUCCAAGAUCCUGUGAUUCUUCAGGCCACCUGCCCGUUCAGUUCGGCUGGGGGAAUAACCCUCAAUUUCAAGUGGCUGGAGGGAGUGCUGUACACGGUCCUAAACGUCUGCACCGCCAGGGACGUGCCUCACCUACGAGCGCUGCAGCUGCUGAACCAACUGUUCCUCUCCGUGCACUCGGCAGCCUGUGGGAAGGAUGGCGCGUCUUGCCCCACACUCGAGUUACGUGAUCUUGUCAGCCAGGUCUACAGCAAGAACCUGCCUCAGCGGAGGCCUUUCCCCUGGUUUGAUCUGACUGCGGUGCAACUCAAGGAAACUCCCUUUAGUCAGCAUCUCUCAGCCAGUCCUGCUCUCCAGGACCACCUUACCUAUCAAUACUGUAAUUCAUUUGGUAUCUCCCUAACCAAAGAACAGCAGCCAGCGGUUUCCACGGGCUCUCCCUCUCAGUGA